AUGAGAAAAGUCCUCUUAUUCUAUUUGGACAAGAACAUAGNUAAUACAACAGAUGCUGGUAAUGGUGUUCUGUCAGUUCGAAUCAAACAGAAUGGGGAUAUUCGACCACACGAACAAACAAGAAUUUCGAAGCAUGUGUAUGAAAUUUCAUUUGUACCCGACACAACCGAAGAAUGUACCGUACAAAUCGCGUACAACGGAGAAACUAAUUCCCAAACAUUGACAGUCCCUGUUAAAAUGGAUAGCGAACAAGUGCGUGUUUCAACGAUACCGUCGGGUAUCGUUGGUCAACCGAUCACAUUCACAGUCGAUGUGGCUGAUGUGAAUCUUCUUACAAUUCUCGUCACAGAAACUCACUCCGGUCGUGUUGUGACCCAUAGUCUGACAUCCAGAUCAAAUGAUAAGAGACACUACGAAGCUUCAUUUGUGCCGACGAUUCCGCGCCAACACACCGUAGCCGUUACCUACGAGGAGAAAUUGAUCUCUACACAUCAUGUUGAUGUCUGUAAUGUAAAUAGAAUUCGUGUUAGUUCAAUUAGCGAUGGAUUCAUCGGCGUUCCGUCAGUGUUUUCUGUGGACACACAUGGCGCUGGUGAAGGACAUUUGGAAGUGACAAUUAGUGACGGACGACGAACAUUGCCAGCGGAAUUGAAGAGUGUUCAAGCAAGAAAAUUCGACAUUGCGUUUGUGCCUGAAAGUGGAGGAACACAUUCGAUUGCUAUUGCCUUCAAUGGAAUUCCGAUCGAAGGAAGUCCGUUUACGAUGAAUAUUCAGGACAAGUCACCUAGCGACGACAGUAUUUCGGAAGCGAGAGAUGAUGAUGGGGAAGAAGACAACUAUGAAGAAGAUGGAGAGGAAAAUGGUGAUCAUGAAUUUCUUAUCGGUGGUCAAUUAGAAGGAACAAAAGUGGGUGAGGUAGCGUGGCUAAUCUGUGAGUCGACUCUAACGGAUACCUACGAAGAUUUCAAUCUAUUCGUUCUCGAUCCCGACGAAAUUAUGAUUAAACACACACGAAUACAAGACUCGGGUGGUCGUUGGCGUAUUGAAUUCGAACCAGUUAAAGCAGGCAGCUAUUCUAUACAAACAGAUGUUGAUGAUUCUCAACUAGUUCUUGCUUCAAUGGAUAUUUUACCAUUGGAAUAUGAACGAAAUGUCUAUGGUGAACGUAUUGUUCAUCCAAAUGUUGCUAAUUUCAUUUCGAUUAAUUGUAAAAAUGAUGAUAUGAAAGUUAAACUACGAUGUUCGAAUGGUGAUGAAUUUCCGAUUGAAAUUGAAAAGGAUUCAACAGAAUGGAAAAUCUACUUCACAUUAACUGAAAUCGAUUAUUAUCAAUUAAGUGUGACCAAUGAUAGUAAUGAACAAUUAUUUGAUAUUCAUUGUGUAGCUGAAGAGAUCGAUGUCUUACGAAACGGAGGUGUGGAAGAUAUUACACGGAUUAUUGUCGAUCAAAGUAAAAUCAUAGCUGAUGACGUGAAUGUGAUCGUUAAAGAUCCAUUGGCACACACGAUUCCAGCGGCAUUCUAUCGAAAUUUGAAUCGAGAUCUCGUUAUUGAAUAUAUACCUGUUCGAACCGACGUGCAUGAAGUGUUCAUCCGUACGCAAAAUAAUCUUUUCGAUAUUUGUCCUAUUCGUGUGAUGGCAUUUCGUGCGAAGAAUACGUUCGAUCCGGUUCUUCGCGUUCAGGUGAAAGAACUUCUCGAACACACGUUUCACGGUGUUAUUGACAACGAUAAUAAACUAGAAAUUAGUAUCACUGAUCCAUUCGAUAAACCAAUACCAUUCCAACAUUCGAAGAAUGAAAAUGGCGAAUUGAAAAUCUCUCUCUCGCCAGUUCGCGUCGGAACUCAUUGGAUACGCAUUACAAAUGAUGAAAGUGAUAGUUUCGCUCUACUGCCUAUCUUUGCUUUCGAUGAUGAUUAUGUUCCGUUAUCACCUGUGGCUACGCCCUCACCGAAUGAUAAAUUCGUACUAAAUCAAAAUUCAAAUAAUAAUAAUACGACAGAUUCGUUUUCUCUCGUGCGAGAAUUAGCAGCUAUUCAUGAAGUAACCGAAAAUUCAUCCUCAAUUUCGGCACCACAAACGCAGCGUCAAGCAUCUCCAGAUAAAGAAAAUACUUCUCAAGUUGUACCGAACGGCCGUGAAGAUUCACCUAUUUCACUUGAGGAACCAUCGACGAAAGUAGAAGUACUCGAUAUGGCUGAUUUAAUCGAUCCGGGCGUCCGUAUUACAUCAAAAUUCUCAUUGAAAGAUCCAAAUGAUGAAUUUAAAGUUCAAAUCUGCGACGCCAAUGAUGAAAAUAUACCUUGUAAAGCUGAAAAUCUACCCGAUGGACGAAAAUACAUAUCGUACGAACCGCUCGUUGUUGGACCCGUCAAAAUUCAUAUAUCGAAAGGAACGGAGCCUCUGAUCGGUAGUCCAUUGCUUGUACAUGCAUUCGAUCCAUCAUCAAUCCAAAUAGUGAAUUUUCCAACGAAAAUAUAUCAAAACACUAUGAAUUCUUUUCUUAUUGAUCCCACACUGGCUGGAAAAGGAUCGUUAAAAAUUAUCAUUAAAGAUCCAAGCAAUCGAUCUUUACCUAUUACUGUUCAGAAACAAUCAAAUCAUCAAAUUGUCGUUCAAUUUGAACCGAUUGUUUCGGGUUUACAUUCAAUAUCUAUUUUAUUCAAUAGAAUAUCCAUCCUUGACACGACGUUUGAAGUACUCGCUGAAAAUAUUGAAGAGCCAUCGGCAGGAAAAAUUGCGCGUUUAUCUGAAAUUGAACAACGUGGCCGUUCGAUUUUCUCCAAACAUGAAUUGCUCAUACUUGCGCAGCAACAAGAAAAGACUCACGCGAUUCAAUCUUUUGCAUCGAAAUCUACCGAAACCAUCGUGCCACCGAAAGAAACCAUCGUUAUUGAAGAACGUCCUCAAACAUCGACCAAAGUCGAUGAUAUACAUCAAGCAAAGUCACAAACAAUACAAUUGACCGAUGCCGAAAUACGACGAUUUCACCUAUUAAAAGAAAAAUUCGAACGAGGAGAGCCAAUUGAUAUUGUGUUCGAUCCACGACGAUAUCCAUUCAAAAUCAUUCUACAACGUGCAUAUCCAGUUGUUAAUGAUGAUAUACAUCUCAUAAUCGAUCUUCCACAUGUUGUGUACGUCAAUAUCGUAAAAGACACAAUGAAAAUACCAUUGCAAGCUGCACGUAGAAAUGAUGAUAAAUUUCUACUAAAAUUUCGUCCAACAUUCGAAGGUGAUUAUUUGAUUAUACUAAAAAACUACAUGGGACAACCUAUGCUAGAUUGUCCAUAUGUGUUUCCCGUUUAUAAUCCUGAUGCUGUUCAACUUGAACCGUUCAAUCAUUUUCAACCUAUUAACAAAUGUCAUUUUAUCUGUAAUAUUGAUAACGUUGAUCAAGGAAAAUUCUUUAUCAUGGUAUUUGAUCCAUUGAAACCACUGAAAAUACCUGGGCAUGUAUCGAAUUUAUCUGGCGUAUAA